AGUGUCAUUUCCAUUACCUCGGAGAUCGCUGGCAGUCAUGGCGGAGUUAGGAGACGAGGGCGAGUACAGCGAGGCGAUUGUCAAUGGAUUCAUUUUUGCAUUUCUUUGUCUCUUGGCCGGCUGCUUAAUCAUGAACCACAUGAUUGGACACAAGUACCAUCCCAAGUACAUCUCAGAGGCAGGGGCCGUCGUCGCCGUCGGACUUGUCAUAAGUACUUUCCUCUCCUCCCUUUUUGUCGGCCUGUCCCUCUACGCACUCGCCCAAGCCCACCUCUCUUACUCCCUGUCCAUGGCCGAAUGCCUCGCCUUCGGGGCGCUCAUCUCCGCCACGGACCCGGUCUCUGUCCUGGCGGUCUUCGAGCAGCUCAAGGUGGACCCUCUCAUGUUUUACCUGGUGUUCGGGGAGAGCGUCUUGAACGACGCGGUGGCUCUGGUGCUCUUCAACAUCUUCUCCAAGUUUGUGGGCACGGAGGCCUUCACCACUGCCAGCAUGGGCUUCGCGAUCGUGGAUUUCCUCAUCAUCUUUUUCGGCUCCAUGGCCGUGGGUUUCCUCUUUGGCUGUCUGAGCGCCCUCCUUUUCAAGCACAUCGACCUUCGGCACUCCAUCUACGAGAUGGGUGUCUACCUCCUCCUGGCCUACAUCCCAAGCCUGUUUGGGACCGCCAUCGAGCUCUCCGGUAUUGUCUGCAUCCUCUUCACAGGCAUGUUCUCCCGGCAUUACACGCACCGGAACCUGUCCGUGAAAGGCCAGGCACUGGCUUUCUUCAUCUUUUCCCUCCUCGCCGUCCUGUCCGAGACUGCUGUUUUUUUGGAGCUGGGUCUGAGCGUCUUCUCGGGCGAGAAGGAAUACUUCCAUCCUCUCCUGAUCAUCUGGACGUUGCUCUUGAUUCUUAUCGGUCGAGCCCUGAACAUCUACCCCAUCAGCUUCCUGGUGAACCGCUUCACCAGCGUCAAGGUGGGCCGAAACGUCCAACACAUGCUCUGGUUCGCGGGCCUCCGAGGCGCCAUGGCCUACGCCUGUUCCAAGCAAUUUUCCAACGUCUUUGGCAAUCAACCAAUCAUCGAGGCGACGACGAUGGUCAUCGUGCUCAUCACGGUCUUCGGUUUUGGCACCUUCACCAUCACCAUGCUCGAGAAAAUGGAGAUUCCCCUGGGCGUGCCCGCCACGGACGCCGUGAACCUGUCGGAAAACCAAAGCCGGAUUUUGGCCUUAGAGGAAAAAUACUUGGUUCCUCUCUUGCAGCGGCCCCUCGAAUUUUCUUCGCAAGCCACGCCCUGGUCCCCCAAUUACCGAGGGCGACACGGGCACGACCAGGAGGAGGGAGGGAAGGAGGGUGGGCCAGGCGACGCCGUGCCCUCGGCUCCAGAGUUGUCGCCUGUCCCUUACCCAAGAAACCCUGGGGAGCGACUCAGGCGUGAGUCGAGCGGGGAAGGAUUCAUGGCCAACGACCAUAUCGAUCGUCUCUUCGGGUACAAUGCGCGUGGGUCGAUUGAAAUGAGCGCGUCCGGGGCGGGUAUAGCAGAAGGAGACGGGGAUGACGGGCAGGAAUCUCAGCGGAAUGUGAUUUGA